AUCCUUCGUCAAAUUUCGAAAUUAGGAAGGGCAGGGAGGGGUAGGGGUUGUGGGAAGGGCAGUUGGGGAUUGAGUAGUUUCUUUUAUUAAUAAUAAAGACACAACCUUAUCUUUCAUAUUUUGUUGCAUUGCCUUAAUUUUUGUUUCACAUCAAGAGAUUAUGGAUAGAGAGAGAAGGAAGAGGAAGAAUUUGGAGAAUGAGAGAUUAGAAAAGGAAGAGGAAGAUGAAGAUGAAGAUGAGAAAAUUGACAAGUUUUUUGCUCUUAUAAGAAGCACUAAAGAUUUACGUGACCGUUUGUUAGCAAGAAAUCAAGUAACAGAGAGAUCCAAAAUUUUGGAAGAAAACAGAGAUUCAGUUCAUAACAAUUCUGCAGUUGGAAUUUGGAAUCCAUCAGUUCAUGAAUCACGAGAUUUCAUGGUAAUUGAGGCUUCUGCAAUUGCAGGUCCUUCCAAUUCUAACUCCAACAAACAAAGCAAAGAAGUAGAAGAAGAUGAAACAGGAGGACAAAGGGAAGGAACAAAAAAUGAAGAAAAAAAAUGUAAUAUGUUAGACUUGGACCUCAAUCUUUCACUGUAAGCUAGUUCUUUUUUUUUUUUAGUUUACUGGUUCGAUUAAUUUAUUUUCGCACUCAAAUCGGAAUACUUAUGAUAAAUCUAGCAUAUGAUUUUCUUUUUUUAAGUUAUCUAUGGUUAGUGCAGCUUCUUCUUCUCUUAACUGAUCAAGGACAAAAUAUGGGGUCACAUAGUUAGAUUUCUGCUACAGCACGCAAUGCAAUGUUAUGUGUGUACAUUUGACUUAUUUUUUGUUGAUUCAAUGGACUCAUACGUAAAUAGAUGAA